GUAAAAGAUGAACUUAACUGCUUGAGAAGACUACUACUACAAGACAACUCCAGUUGGCUUCUCUUCAUUUUUUCACAGAAGAAAAAGCUGCAUAAUUUAUUUACUCCCAACCUCUUGUUUUUAUUUGACAUGACAUAGAAAUCAAGAAGUGGAAAAUAAAUGAGAGAGGUCCUUUUCUAGCCUCAUUAAGAACAAAAAGUAGUAAGCAGUAGUAGUAUAUAUAUAUUUUUAAGAGUAUAUAGCAUAUAGGCUGCAACUUCUCCUCUGCAUAUUGCAUUGAAAGCGCGCAGCUGAGUCACGUUCAGAAUACAGAGAGAAGUAAAGAUAUGCAUCUUCGAACCUAAGUGAGAGAGCAAACCAAAUUCUGUCCUUUGGUAUUUACUCAAGGGUCGUAUUUUGUGCCUUUUGUAAAAAAAAAAAAAAAAUCAAGUUUCUCUAUCAUCUUUGACAGCUUCUACCUGUCCCUCUGUCGAUGUAAAGUUAUGGCGAUGUACAUAUCCAGGUGGUGAAAUUUAAUCCAAGAUUUUCAAAAAAAAAAAAAGAAAAAGUAGAAUAGAAAUAAAUAUCGGGUUUUGAGGUUGCUUUCAGAAGUACUAUAAGAUUGGGCAUGUUUGUUCUUUGUGCGUGAGAGAGCUGUAUUGGUCCAGAGCAGAAAAGAAACGCAUAUUUGGUUUACACAUACAGUUCUGCUUUUAGCAGUGGCAAAUGAAGCCAGCUUCUCAAAAUUUUAAUGAGGAGGAAGAAUGUCACAGCAGUGAAUCUGGCUGGACAAUGUACAUUGGCUCUCCUUCGAAUGGUACUGAAGAUGAUAAGCUGAACGUAGCAGAUUUUGAGGAAGAAGAUGAUGUAGGAGAUCACAAGAAUGAAAGAAAUCAAGAAGAAGAUGAUGACACUGAUGAUUCUAUGGCUUCUGAUGCGUCUUCUGGUCCAAGUCACAUGAGGGAGCACUGCGUCAGAAAUGCCAAGAUUAAUGAUACUCGUUAUGUGAAUCCAAAGGAAAAAGGUAAUGGAAAAGGUUGCUCCAACACAAAGAAUGGUAUUAAGAAUCAAGACAAGGGAGAGUCUGUGUUUUCAGCAAAAGGAGCUAAAGUUCCCUCCAAUGGUGGAAAGGUAAGGAAAAGUAUUUGGAAGGGCAAAGGAAAAUAAUACACUGUAAAAAUUUACUAGAGUAAUAUAUUUCCUCUCUUGUUAUAUUACUACUAUUAGUAAUUUGUAUCUCUUGUGUUAGUAAUUAGUGCAUGUUAAACUUUUACUAAGGAUCGGAUGUUUUGCGAUUAGAAAUGAAUCAAUUUUUUGUUCCCUGUUGUUGUUACUGGAUACAUCAAAUUAAAUGUAAGAGGGUCAAUUAUC